CACUAUUUGGCAGCCUUUCUGUACGAGCGCUUACAUUUCUCUAGUGAGUGAGAAAGAAAGACACAGAACGAAAGCGAGAACUAGUGGUUGGUGUUCCGGGAGAGGGGGUAUCAUUGUCAUUCUCCCUUAUUUACCAACCCCCCUUGUCCUGGUGACUGCUCUUGCACGAUAAUGGACGGGGAAAGGUCCGGUGGAGUAGCAGGCGGAACGAAUCCGAAUCCGGGAGGAGGGAGCGGCGUGGGGCGCAAUCCUAACGGGCCGAAAGCUGUGCCAGGGCCAGCUACGGCAGCAGCGGCCGCGGCGGCGGCGGCAGCAGCUGGGGCGAUGGCCGGCUCUUCCCAACCACGGGAGCCGCAGGACGGCGAAGCGGGCCUUUCGCUGCCUGGGAUUUUGCACUUCAUCCAGUAUGAGUGGGGCCGCUUCCAGGCCGAGAAAUAUCGCUGGGAGGCCGAGAGAGACGAACUCAGGGCGCAGGUGGCUUUUCUGCAGGGUGAGAGGAAGGGACAGGAGAACAUGAAACAGGACCUGGUGCGCAGGAUCAAGAUGCUGGAGUACGCCCUCAAACAGGAGAGGGCCAAGCACCAGAAGCUGAAGGCGGGGAACGAGCAGAACCCUGGAGAGAAGAAACCGGAGACGGAGUCUGAGCAAGUUCCUAACGGGCCAGCAGAGUCCGACUCGGAGCCGGCCAAUCAGAUGUCCUGGAAGGAGGGACGUCAGCUGCUGCGCAAGUACCUGGAGGAGGUGGGCUACUCGGACACCAUCUUGGACAUGCGCUCCAAGCGCGUGCGCUCCCUGCUGGGGAGGAGCAGCCCGGAGGCCAACGGCCCGCCCCCCGAACCCGAGCCGCACGCGGCGGGGGAGUCCCUGCUGGUGCGCCAGAUCGAGGAGCAGAUCAAGAGGAACGCCGGCAAGGAGAGCUCCAAGGAGCGCCUGGGCGGCUCGGUGCUCGACAAGCUGCCCUUCCUCCACGGCUGCGAGGACGAGGACGAGGACGACAGCGACGAAGAGGACGACUUCCAGGGCCUGGCCACGGACUGCAUCGACGCGCCGCGCAAGACCAAGAAGCAGCGGGUGAAGUUGGGUGCAGAGCCCAUGACGGCCGAUCUGGACCCCGAGGAUGAGGAGGAUGAAGAUGACUCCGAGGAUGCGCUGAGCGAAUUUGACUUCCUGGGGUCGGGGGAGGAGGGAGAGGGGGCAGGGGAGGCGCGCAUCUCUGGGGACGGCCGGGAAUUAGAGAAUCGCAGGAACAAGCUGCAGGGCAUGAUGUCUGAUUUCCCCUCCAAACCUUCCCCGCCCCCCACUGUCCCGGGACAGUCUCGCUCUGGUGAAGGGGGCGCACUUGGUUUCUCCUCAGACGUCUUCAUCCUGGACGCGGUUGGGGGCGGAGACAUGAACCUGGGCGAGCUGGCCGACCUCACCGUCGCCAACGACAACGACCUCACCGUGGAACUGCAGGACAGCCGGGAGGAGUUCAAGAAGACGUGGAACCCGCGCUUCACGCUGCGCAGCCACUUCGACGCCAUCCGCGCGCUGACCUUUCACCCCAGCCAGGCCGUGCUGCUGUCCGCCUCGGAGGACGGCACGCUGAAGCUGUGGAACCUCAACAAAGCCAUGCACUCCAAGAAAAAUGCCGCGCUGGAUUUUGAGCCCAUCUAUACCUUCAGGGCCCACAGCGGGGCGGUGCUGUCUCUGGCCAUGGGUGAGGACGGCGAGUCCUGCUUCAGCGGUGGUCUGGACGGCUCUGUGCGAUGUUGGAAGAUUCCGGACCUCAACGUGGACCCCUACGACCACUACGACCCGGGGAUCGAGAGCAGCGUGUUGGCGGGACACGAGGAUGCGGUUUGGGGCCUGGCUUACUCCGCCCCCCACCAUCGCCUGGCGUCCUGCUCGGCCGACGGGACGGUGCGCAUCUGGGACCCCCAGAACUCCACCCCCUGCCUCUCCGUCUUCAACAAGGAGAAGGAACACGGGAUGCCCACCUCCGUGGCCUUCGUCACCUCCACCCCCUUCCAGGCGGUGGUGUCCUUCGACGGGGGCGAGACGCUGCUUUACGACCUCAACACGGAGCAAAGCAUCAUGGUCCUGGAGACCCGGACCAAGGAGGGCAGCGAGCUGAUUAACCGCGUGGUCAGCCACCCCUCUCAGCCCAUCUCCAUUACCGCCCACGAGAACCGCACCAUCCGUUUCCUGGACAACAAGACCGGGAAAGUCAUUCACUCUAUGGUGGCUCACCUGGAUGCUGUCACCUGCCUGACCACAGAUCCCAAAGGCACUUACCUCGUCUCCGGCAGCCACGACUGCUCGGUGCGGCUGUGGACGCUGGAGAACCGGACGUGCGUGCAGGAGAUCACGGCGCACAGGAAGAAGCACGACGAGGCGAUCCACGACGUGGCCUUCCACCCCUCGCAGCCCUUCAUCGGCAGCGCCGGCGCCGACGCCCUCGCCAAGGUCUUCGUCUGAGGGGCCGCGCCCGACGCGGGAAAUUGCACAUGGAAGAACCAGAAAUCUUUCUCUCACACACACACACACACACACACACACACACUCAAAACCACACACACACACAAACACAAACAGGAGGAGCAUGGCCCACAGGCUGGGUCCAACCUCCCCCCCUCCCCCAUCCUACACCUGCAGUCCCACUACACCUCAGUGUGUCCGUUUUUUAUAUCCAUAUUACUGCUUUUAAUACCUACCUGUGUUACUAUGGCUACGGCUAGGUAGGAGUAGGUCUGAUGCACUACACAGUCAGUUCUCUUCAGCAGAGUCAUAGCUGCAGGUGUCAGCCCUGCACCUUACACCUGCUGCCCCCCCCAGAGAGAUGGAGGGGGGGGGAGAGAGAGACAGACAGGAAAGUAAUGAGGAGCAGAGAAAGAUGGACAGAAUCUCUUGGACACCGAGGCCUAGAGCCCCGUAUUGUAACACGAAACCUUUUGAAGUUCUAGGCGCAGCUGUGGGUAGUCAUCGCCAAACAUCCGCCAUUCAUUCCAGAACCAUCCUUUUUACAGUUGGGGCCCGGUGCCCGACUCGCGCUGAAACCUAACAUUUCAUUCCAAAGUCUGUACCUGGUUGACACUAUUUAAAAAAAAACAAAAACAAAAACAAAAAAAAAAAAACACAAAAAAAGUCCUCUUAGCCAGCGCUGGAGAACGAACAGCUUUAAUCACAGCCGUGCUGUUGCCACGCGAAGCCUGAAUGUUUUUGUUUUUGUUUGUUUGUUUGUUUGUUUUGUUUUGUUUAAGAUUUUCGGUCUCGUAUUUCACAUGAAAGCACGUUGAUUUGGAACCAGCAGCAUCCAUGUUAGAGGGGGAGAGAGUUAUUCAGGGCGGAGCCACUGCAAACCCCUCCCAUUUCCACAGUCUCCACCCACCCACACGACCUGCCCCUCGCAACAGUCCUCCGAGUUAUCCAAUCAGGGUUCAGCUCAACCAUACGUGAUAUUGGAUCCCACCUUUUGUUUGCUUUUUUUUGUUUGUUUGUGUUUGAAAGCCUAAGCUGAUCGUGGGCUAGUGCAGCGGAGCAGAAUCUGUGUUCUCAGAUUCGGUGCCUGGCACAGGUUUUUCACCUGGGAUGUGAUGCCUGUCACCAUUAUCAUUUGUCAGAUACAGGGUGUGUCAGUUUCUCUUUGGGGAAAAAAACAGGCGCUGAUAUGUGAUUGGACCAGAUGUGUGACAUGUGCCGUCUUGCCCAAUCGGAGUAGACGGUGAAUCAUGUUCAAGGAGAAAAGCAACAAGGGCCUUUCCUGCUAUUAUUUUCCCCCCAAAAUGAAUUCACCGCUGGCCAAGGGAAGAGGAACGAAUAGAAAAUAAUGGAUACAAGCAAGAUCGACUUGUAAAUAGUAACCUUUAUCAUCUGUCUCUGUCAUCAUAUCCUAAUAUAUAUAAAUGUAUAUAGUGUGCUUUGGGUUAAUCUUGGUGCUAAAAUCAUGUCUGAAUCAGGGACUUGGGUGGGAAUAUAUCCUUUUCUUUUUUUUUUUAGUUGCAGUGACACUGGUGAGGUUUAAGAGAGAGUGGGCCAGAGAAAGGGCCCUGCCGCUGUAAGAGUGGGGCCUCACGGGGGGCCUCCGGGGCCUGGGUCCCCCUUCACGUUUUAAACGAGGGACAGCUCGCGUCGUGACGCCGCAGUUUCGCUCAUUUUUGCCUACGACCUCGUUUUUCCUUUGGCUUGCGCGAAGCUGGCCUUUUGGUUUCCUAGUUUAACGUUUAUUGCCGUGGACCAAGGCGGCUGAUGUAUCUCGACGUGAGCCAAAAUGUUUUUACACCCCAAGCUCAGCUCUAAUGUUUUUUACACCCCAAGGUCAGCCCUAAUGUUUUUUACACCCCAAGCUCAGCCCUAAUGUUUUUUACACCCCAAAAUCAGCCCUGUUUUUUACACCCAUGCACCUCGCCAGGGUGAAACGGUCAACCCCGACUCGCUCCAGCUCUGCAGUCCAGAGAGACGAGUCUAAGAGAUCUAUAAGUACCUGUGGGGUUUAGUGUUAAUCGAGGCUCGCAGUGGUUGCAUUUCUUCAGGAAAUAGUGCUAAUGCAGUUCUUCAGCGUUUCUUUCUAUACGAAUGACUGAUGAAGCCCCACAUCGGUGUCUCAGCCUGAGUUUGAUUGGUCAUGCCUGCGCCUUUUGAGUGAAGCCUGUUUUGAACCCUUGGAUCUGCUCUCCACAGUAUUCUGUGUGCACGUCCCAGUGGGCUGAUGGGAAAUGCCUGUGGGUGCAGGGGAGUAGGAUCGGGAGCAGGGAAUGCUGGGAAAGCUGCGAGCACGCCAAAACAUACCCCGCCAAGGUUUGCCGGUGACGUGGACUCAUCGCUCCUCUAACCUCUGUUUUGUACGGAACCUUCGUGCCUGCAAACUGUCGGAGCCUCUGCAGUUUUACCACAGGCAUGGAUUUCGCAAUAAAAGCGAACGCGUUGCGUUUGUCACGAGUAUCGCAGUUAACGCAGAAUCCUUAACGGACACGGUUUAUGCGUGACCGUUCACCAGGGUAGUUGUUGACGUUCACCAGGACAGAAAAUUUGCGGUGCAACUGGCAUUCGCCAGGAUGGAAAAUGCGGCAGUGGAUCUUUGAACCUUUUGGGAUGUAGCUUAGGACCUGCCGUGCCCACUCUAAACAUGCUCCCAAGCACCUCUGUGACCUCUGACCUCCUUGUUUAUAGUCGAACGCACAAAAAAGGAUUGAAAUAUUAACUAGUGGUUAACUAGUUGGUCUGUUGGCCUAGAGAGACCAGAAGAGAGAGCACUAUAUUUCCUGACCUCUCACCUUCGCACUUGCGAACUCAAGCUGACCUUGGGGGUCAAAGGUCAUGGUGCUUGUUGUCCCUUCCUCCUGUUUUUUUGUGUGCUUUUUUCCCCCCAAUGCAGAACAGAAAAGCCUGCAGGCAGCUCUUUGGCUGUGGAAACACACUCAGAUUAGCAGGCAGCAAAUGGUGUCCUGUGUCAGUGAUGUGGGUGAAUCAGUAACCCUCCCUCUACGACUUGCCUCCCUCUCCACACUGGAAAGGUAGAGUUCUCACAUUCAAACUGCUUCAUUAUGGGGGUGGCCCUGGUGUGUGUGUGUGUGUGGGGGGGGGGGGGGUUCAGAGGGCAGUCUUUGCUGAUGUCACCCCCACCUCACCCCCUUCACAUUGAACCCCACGUGGUAAUGUCACACAAAUUGACCUCUGAACCCUGAUCGACCUCACGUUCUGAAAUAUCGUUGUUUGCCUGUACACUAACAGCUGGCCUGUCCCCUUGUUGCACUACGUGGCCUGUGCUGUCCUGAGAUUGGCCGUUCUAUCCCCAGAUAAAAGUCACAAGUUGUGUUUAUCCGGUGCCUCUGACGGUCAGAGCUUAAAAAGCAGUUAGGGUUUGUUCUAUGUAAAAACUGAAAUGCAGGGAAAGCCGCUGAUUGGAUGUACCAACGCUGUUUCCUAAGUAUAAUGAAGUUGGUAUGUGGCUGGUACAUAUUUAAAUACACUUUCAGCUAGUUUCAUUUUCAAAUGUUCGCUGAAAUUAUGUUUUAAACUAAACGGAAAUAUAGCAGGUAGAGAAAAAGGUCUUUCACUGCAGUUUGUCUGCCCGCUCUUUAUUGUGGUGCCAACCGGUUCCACGUUUUUCUGUGGCACCGCCCCCCCCCCCCCCCCCCAACAUUACACAAUAAUGUGCAAAGGCAAUCACAGCCCAACAUUCCAAAUAUCGGAAACGGACAAAUCCACGCGAAUCUAUGCGCCUGAAAAAACGGAAGAAGAUCCGGAGAUGAGAAAAGACUAGAAAAUGUUUUGUGUUUUUUAAAUGUCCAAUCAUCAUUUCAUUUUUCCAUUGUUUAUUUUUCUUUAUUAUAAUUAUUAUUAUGGUUAUUAAGAUAUAAGAAUGCUGUAGUAUCUUAAUGUAUUAUUCUUUUAAGUAGGCUUAGAACUUGCUUGUGAAUAAUAGAUUGCAAUGUAAAACUGUCAAAAAAUGUAAAAAGGAAAAAAAAGGAAAACAAAAACUACAGGAAAAAAAUGAGUAACAGUCAAGGCCAAGGAAAAGGGCUGUUGUUUCUUUGUGUUUUAUUUUUUUAAUAGCAACUUAUCACUGUGUGAUAUUUUGUACAUCAUGUAUUCAAACAAUUUCUUCUAACCACAAGGGACAAGGGACCUGCCUUUUAUUUAUUUCAUUUAAUUUUUUGUAACGCAUUCUAGCUUGUAUCAAAAAGAUAUAUUUUCCUUUUCCUCUUUGUUUUGUUUACUUUGCGGGUCUUGUAUCGUACGUCAUUAUGGAAUAAAAAAUAGGAAAAAAAAAAAAGGUUUUGUACAUAGAA